UUCGUUUCAUCACACACCCACGCGCGCCGGCGCGCAUGACUCUGCAGCUCGUCUCGAGCCUCCCCACGCGGUGCUCCCGUCUCGCCGUUCCCCACCUCCGAAGGCCCUGCGGCAAGGUCGGUCCGCGAGCGAGCAUGUCGUCGUCCUUCUCGUCGGUGCCGGCGGAGGACGCGUCCAUGGAGACGGUGGCGCCCCACGCGCCCGUCACCCGGGAGCGGAGGCUUAACCCCAGCCUGCAGGAGCAGCUUCCCAAGCCAUAUCUCGCGCGGGCUCUGGAGGCGGUGGACCCGAGCCACCCGCAGGGGACGAGGGGACGCGACCCCCGCGGCCUGACCGUGCUUCAGCAGCACGCCGCCUUCUUCGACCGCAACGGCGACGGCAUCAUCUACCCCUGGGAGACGUUUCAAGGCCUCCGUGCAAUAGGCUGCGGGCUCCCGGUAUCGUUCUUCGGCUCUAUACUGAUCAACCUCCUCCUCACUUUUCCCACUCAGCAGGGAUGGUUACCUUCCCCUUUGCUCCCCAUCCAUAUCAAGAACAUCCACAAGGGUAAGCACGGGAGCGAUUCUGAAUCCUAUGAUACUGAAGGGAGGUUUGAUCCAUCAAAGUUCGAUGCUAUAUUUAGCAAGUAUGGCCGAACGCAUCCGGAUGCUUUGACGUUAGGCGAGGUGUUCUCCAUGCUUAAAGGAAACCGCAAUAUAUAUGAUUUUGUUGGCUGGGUGUCUGCAGCCGGUGAAUGGCUGUUACUCUACAGUGUGGCAAAGGAUAAGGAUGGCCUGUUGCAGCGAGAGACUGUCCGAGGCGCUUUCGAUGGAAGCCUAUUUGAGCGACUGCAAGAAAACAAGAAAUCCUCCUGAGUGUUGAAUGAGCCCAAUGGAUUGUUCAGCCCAAGAAAAAGGGCUGAGAGUACAAAGCUGGAACUUCGCCAUUGGGCUGUAGAUGUAAUUAUAGAAAAUAAGAAACGCUAAAGCAUUGUAGAAAAGAACUCCUAUCUUUGAAAUAAGGAGAAUCCUACAGGGAGAGCCCUCUCGAUUUAAGAUUAAAUCGAGAGCCCUCCAACUUACCUC